UUACCGUGGCGUAAAGUGUCGGAUAAGAACGAAGUGCUGAAAGUGAAAGAAGAGUGUCGUACAAAGCUGCGUGAUAAAUUACUGCAUACGGUGAAGUGCAAAGACGAGUUCGGUAAAAUAAUGGACUACGUUGAUUCACUGCAUUACGAAGAUCGUGUUGAUUAUUCGUACGUUUAUGAAAUGCUCAAAACGGCCGCUAUCGUAUGUGAUGUAAGGUUAACAGAUCCGUAUGACUGGGAGGAAAAAAGCAAAUAA